AUGGCGUUCUUGACUCUCGAGGAUAUCAAGAUCUCAUUCAACUUGUUCUGCGUCGUGUACGGCGUUGGGACCCUCGGCAUGCCGGCCAACUAUGCCCGCGCCGGCUACUACUGGGCCACCGGUGCCCUCGUGCUCAUGGCGGCCAUCAACCUCUACGCAACCGUCGCGCUCUCCAAGGUCAUGCUGGCCGCGCCCAAGUAUGUCAAGACGUACGGCGACAUUGGCGAGUGGGUCGACGGUCGCUUUGGCCGCUUCAUCACGACGCUUUCCCAGCUUCUCGUGUGCUGCUUGAACCCGAUUGCCUUCCUUGUCCUCGGCGGCUCGCUCCUUCAAGUGCUCUUUCCCGAUACGUUUACAACGACCGUUUGGAUCAUUCUCAUGGCGCUCAGCCUCGUCCCGAUCUGUAUGAUGCCAUCGCUCAAGGAAAGUGCCGGUGCGGCGACGGCCGGCGCGCUCGGUACGAUCAUUGCCGACGCCGUUGCGCUCUACGUGCUCCUCGACAACAUGUCGGACAUUCCCGAAGGCCUCUCAGCGCCCACGCCGGCCCUCUCGUUUGACGGCGUCACGUCCGUCUUUGGCAACCUCUCGCUCGGGUACGCGGCCGGCGUCCUUGUCCCGGCCCUUCAGCGCGAACAUACGCAACCGGAGCGCAUGCCGCGCGUGAUUCUUCUCACGCUCAGUGCGUGCACGGUGCUCUUCUUUAUGGUGUCGCUCAUCGGCGACCACAACGUCGGGUGCCAGAUUCCGGGCAACCUCCUCUUCUCAAUUGCGGGCACGAAGCUCGGGUUUGUCGCCCCCCGCGGCGCCAUUGUGAUUGCGUUCCUCAUGAUGCAUUUGCACAUCAGCGUCGUCUUUGCGAUCGAUCUCUUCCCGACAUUUUACAUUUUUGAGCGCGUCCUCUUUGGCUUCCACAAGCAAAACUUUACCCUCGAGACGGGUGAGGCGCCGGCGUACAUCGAGAACGAGACGCCCAAGGAGGAGACGACGACGUCUGCGGUUGUAUCCAAGGUCGACGCGCCCGUUGCAGUGUACGCAUCGUCGCGCGACUACCUCAAGGCGUGCACGAUGCGUCUCGUCCAGAUCACGAUCAGUACGAUCAUUGCGAUCGUGUGGCAAAACCACUUUUUGGAUUUGCUUGACUUUGUCGGUGCGUCGUCGGCCGCGCUUGGCUGCAUGAUCCUCCCGGUGUGGUUCCACCUCAAGGUCUUCUACAAGGACAUGGGUCUCCUCGAGAAGAGCUGGAGCAUCUUUGUCAUCAUCUUUACGUCGGCGCUGGCGAUUUACGUCUCGAUCAGCACGGGCAAGAAGCUGUUUGCGCCGACGAUCGCGGACCCGACGAUCCUCUUCCCGUACUGCCCGGCCGAGUUCCAAAAAAUGGUGUACCUCAACACAACGUACUACGGCAAGCCCUAA